CUGUUGGUACAGAAGCAAACUGCGAGUCAUUCUCUCGGCUAAAGCUGGAUAAGGCGGUUUCAAUUAGCGCGAGUAGUUUUGUAAUUUGUAUAUAUAUCGUUUGCGGGGUGUUAGUCGGUGCAGUGUGUAAUCCAAAUAUUCCAAAAUAAUGGGAGCGGUACGAGUAAUUAACGACGAUUCUCACUUUAACGGUGAGCUGGCCAAUGCCGGACAGAAGCUCGUCGUCGUAGAUUUUACAGCGAGUUGGUGCGGACCGUGUCAAAGAAUUGCUCCGGUGUUCGAGCAACUGUCGCUAAAGUAUCCUAAGGCGGUGUUUCUGAAAGUCGACGUGGACAAGUGUACGGUCACAGCGACGGUACAGAAUGUCAACGCGAUGCCCACUUUCAUCUUCUACCGUAGACGCACGAAACUGGGCCAGUGUCAGGGCGCAGAUCCGGUGAGCCUGGAAUCGAAGAUCCAGCAGUUCUACGGCAGUGGCGACGGCGACGACGACGACGACUCGGCCGCGGAUUCCGUGUCUGGUCAUAUGGACCUGACGAGAUUCAUAAUGAAACAGCAGUGCGAGUGUUUGAACGAGUCGGAUUAUCAUACGUUCUCUCAGUGUUUAAAUUCGGAUAGCGGGUAUCUUCAGAGCGACACGGACGAGCAGUUGAUAAUGUCCAUUACGUUCUCGCAGCCCGUUAAAGUUCAUUCGCUUAAGAUCAAAGCGCCCGCGGAGAACGGACCGAAAAAUAUCAAAUUAUUUAUCAACCAACCCAGGACAAUCGAUUUCGAAAUGGCAAGCUCCAACACGAGUACUCAAGAUCUAGCGUUGUCGGCCAAGGACCUUGAAGAAGAGAAUCCGAUUUUACUUCGCUACGUUAAAUUUCAAAAUGUGCAGAAUCUUCAGAUCUUCGUGAUAGACAAUCAGAACGGUUCGGAAACCACGAGAAUCGACCAUUUAGUUAUAAUCGGUCGACCAAUUUCAACAACCAACAUGGGCGAGUUCAAGAGAGUGUCCGGCAAGAAAGGAGAGAGUCACUGAGCGAUUUCUUUUUGCAACGAUAUUAUCAGGAAUAAUUGAAAAUUUCGAUUUGCACAUUCCUCAAAUCGUUUUCUUCUCUUGGCAAAAUCCGACGUUGUAAGACUAAACAAAUAAAAGAUAAUAAAAUAUGAAUUGAUAGUGUAAAACUAACAUUUAUUAUUAAUUAUCACGCAAAAGCAAUAAAUUCAAUAAAUUUACUGCAUGCGUAUGUAUGUUUUCACGUGUCACGAAUAAGUUUGUUCUGAGGUAGAGUUUCCAUUUACCUUUUUGAGCACUCGCAAUUAUUCCUGAGUACAUUCACUUCUUUUUCAUGUCUAGGAAAACAAUCUACGCAACAAUACGUUUGAUUAUUAUAAAUAACUUUGUUUUCUGUAAUUAUCUUCUUCG